GCGCGGCCUCACGUGACGGGCGCCGCCGGCCGAAGGGUCUCCUUCCUGCCGCGGGCGCCGCAGCGGCCGGGCUUCUGGACCCCGGGACCCUCCCUCGCCCUCACGCCGGCCCCCGGCCCGCCCGCCCGCCUGCCUCCGGCGCCUGCCCGCCCGCCCGCCCGCGUUCCAACCGCCCUCGACCCGCUCGGCUCCCGCCUCGGCAGCCCUCGCGCCCAUGGCGGCCCUCGGCGGCGCCCGGCGGCGGGCUCUGCUCCUGCUGCUGCUCGCUAGAGACCACAGAAGUGCCCAGUUGUAUUUUCAAAACCAUGUUUGGAUAUUUCUGUCUUUCCUGGAGUUAGCAGGCCUCAUACACGGCAUGGCGGCCACGUUUGUGGUGACGGACGGCAACGGGACGGCUUGCAUCAUGGCCAACUUCUCUGCUGCCUUCGUGAUCAGUUAUGAAACCAACAGCGGCCCUACGAAUGCGACCUUCAGCCUGCCACCGGAUGCAGCAGUAUUAAAUAGCAGCAGCUCUUGUGGUAAAGAGAAUGUGUCUGUCCCUAGUCUCGUAAUUGCUUUUGGAAGAGGACACAGACUGACCCUCAAUUUCACGAGAAAUGCAACACGUUACAGCGUUCAGUUGAUGGGAUUCAUUUAUAACUUGUCUGACGCACAGAUUUUCCCCAACGCAAGCUCCAAGGAAAUCAAGACUGUGGAGUCUGCCACUGACAUCAGGGCAGACAUAAAUAAGAAAUACAGAUGUGUGAGCAACAACCAGAUCCACAUGCGCAACGUCACCAUCACGCUCCAUGAUGCGACCAUCCAGGCGUACCUUGCCGGCAAGAGCUUCAGCAAGGAAGAGACACGCUGUGAGCAAGACGGGCCUUUCCCAACCACUGCGCCGCCGCCGCCCCGCCCCUCGCCACCCCCCUCGCCGGAGAGCCCCUCGGUGCACAAGUACAACGUGAGCGGCGCCAACGGGACCUGCCUGCUGGCCAGCAUGGGGCUGCAGCUGAACGUCACCUACAGCAAGAGGGACAACACGACCGUCACCAGCGUGUUCAGCAUCGACCCGAACAAGACCAGCGCCGGGGGUAGCUGUGGCGCCCAGCUGGUGACCCUGGAGCUCCGGAGUGACAGCGUCCAUCCUCUGCUCUUCCAGUUCGGAUUGGACCCGAAUACUAGCCGAUUCUUCCUACAAGGAAUCCAGUUGAACAUGACUCUUCCUGACGCCAGAGAGCCCACCUUCCAGGCCGAGAACAGCUCUCUGAGGGCACUGCAGGCCACCCUCGGGAACUCGUACAAGUGCAACGCCGAGGAGCGCGUGACGGUCACGGAGGCCUUUUCCGUCAAUAUAUUCAAAGUGUGGGUCCAGGCCUUCCAGGUGCAGGGUGACAAGUUCGGGUCUGUGGAGGAGUGCCAGCUGGACGAGAACAGCAUGCUGAUCCCCAUCGCCGUGGGCGGCGCCCUGGCCGGGCUGGUGCUCAUCGUCCUCAUCGCCUACCUCAUUGGCAGGAAGAGGAGCCACGCGGGCUACCAGACCAUCUAGCGUGGCCGCGACAGGGCGGGCCCGCUGCCGCCGCCGCCGCCGCGGGGCCUCCGCUCGUCCCCCGAGCUUAGAUUGGCGUUGAAGGAGGCACACUUUCUUGCAAACUGAUUUUCAAAUCUGCUUUAUCCAAUGUGAAGUUCAUCUUGCAACAUUUACUAUGCACAAGAGUAUUGAAAUGACGGUGUUAAUUUUGCUAACUGGGUUAAAUAUUUUGCUAAUGGUUAAAACGUUAAUAUUUACCAAAGUAGAACUUUAAGGUGGGAGGGAAGAGCGCUUUCCUGAAUGGGCACUGGCUCCGCUGUUAUUUGGCUUUUUAAGAUUCUGGUGUUUGGUCUCUUCGUUCUUGACUGAGAUUUAAGCCUUGCCAAGGGAGGGUCCCUGGUCUUGACCUUAGGACUGAGGAAGGCUGGCUAGUUGUCAGGCUGGCGUGCUUAAGAAGAUCGUAAAACAGAAGGACCCCAAAAGAUGAAAAUCCGGAACGCUUGAAUUAAGCUUUAGAAGCCAGGACAGGCCCGGCCCCCCGCCGGGCGCACAGCUCAGUACUUGGGCACCAGCGCCCCCGCGGCGUCGGGUCCUUCGGUCCUUUCUGCGCUCUGCCACCAAAAGCUGGCACUUUUUUAAAAUAGAUAAAUGGGUGUUAUUUUUAUUUACCUUUUUGUAAAGUGAUUUUCAGUCUUCUGUCUGAGGUCUGGGGUGAUCUGUUCUGCACUCGUGUAAAUACUGGGUGUCACGCUCCGAUCUGCCCACUUGCUGCUGGGGUGGCUGUGCACGGACGACCCUUCACGUCACGCGUUGCUGUAACAAAUGCUAAUAAAACAUCUCUUUCUUUCUUU